GUCGCUUACCAUUUGGUAUUAUACAAUACGAUCAAUCGUACUUUACCUACCUCUUCAUGAGCAAAGGCAGUAACCAAUUGCUGCUUGCAUCUUGCGGGAUGGUGUUUUCUGUUACAGUAUGGUGAUUUAAGCAUGAUCCCACGGCCGUUACCAGCAGAGGACACCAGUCACGAAUCGUCAUUGGCGAAGGGUACGGAUACGUGCACACAAGUGACGCCUCCCCGUCAUCGUGCUUGCAGCGGUCCAAUCUCUGCGAGAGCAAUCACAAGCACAAACGCUAGCGCCAAUCUGGAGCCAGAGCCGCAGUGGGCAUCGGCCGCCAACAAUGCUCGAGCCAGUUUCAGUGACGGCCCGAUGCGAGAGCUGCCGGGCCGGCGAUUCCGACGCAGGUGUGGCUUGCGACGGGACACUGGUCCAGUGACAAAAACUUUCAAGCGGGAAGUCACCACCCCACUAUACUCUUGGCACAAACCCAAUCCACCCAGAAAAGCUUGCAACCGCGCUCUGAGGUCACAGACAUCUUUCUCAAGGUUUUCUCCACCCAGCCCCAACCCCCCAUUCCUGAUACUUCCACCAGUUCGAGGUACUUCUGCUCGCAUGUCUUGAACUACAUCCUAAGUCGCCUGUCCGCUUGUCACUCGCAGGUACCUUCCAGCUUCCCUCAACCUUGAAGAGUCGUGUCGUUGUAUGCGCUUGCGCGAUUCUUGAACAAGCCCAUUCAUCCGUA